AUGCUGUCAUCUGGAGUAGAGACUCAGCCAAUUCUACUUGAUUCCUCCAUGCCUGCUGUGGUACAGGAAUUAUACUCUGAACUCUCAGUAAGUGUCUCCAAAGAGCUUCAUGCUGAGAAGCAGCCAAGUAUGAUCCCCGAUGUAAAACCUGGAGCCUCAUGCGCUCAUGUAAGUCAGAGUAGGGCAUCACCCCUGGAGCUACAGAGGACUCAUGCAGAAGGCUGUUGUGAAGAAACCUUUGAGACCUUGGAUUAUGGGGGCAAGACUGGGUGGUGCGGACUAGUGGACCCUACAGCAAGAGGGCCUAUGGCUUUUGAGAUCUUGGAUAGGGAAGAGAGAACCAAGAGCAUGGAGCCAAAGGUCUUCAGAGAGCAAGGAGACCAGGCCGAAGUUUUCAGAGACCCCUGUGAGGGAACAAAGGAAGAGCCAUGCCAACAUUCCACAGCUUCUAAAGGAAAGGUCUGCCCCAGUCAGGAUGUCCUCCUGAUGCAGUCCAACAAAGAACCUGUAUGUGCAGAGUUCCCUGGAGACCUGCUAAAGAAAAAAGGAAAUGUACACAGUACAACUGGACCUCUGCCAGAACCCAUUGAAAACAUACAAGGGAUCUGUGCUGUUUCCACAAUGAACAAAGGAAAGAAAGAGUUGUGUAACUUAAACCUUAUUUGUGAAGCAGAUGACAGUCACCAACGGAUUCUUAACCACUGUCGGGAAAACCCUGGUUCUGCACAGGACAGUUCCACCACUGCAGGGAGUGAAGAGUCUAUAAAACCCGCUGAAGAAAAUUCUAAAAUUUUAUAUCUUGCAUCAUAUUCAUCUGGCCCAAAAUCCUUAGAAAAAUGUGUUUUUGAAAGCAGUGCUUUAGUAAAGGAAUCUGCUGAAAAACUAAAAGAGGUUGAUCAAAGCAAGAACUUCUCUUGUGGAGAAGAAAGUAAAGAACAGAAUCAGAGGCUCAGCAGUGAAAGAGGGGGUCUCCUUUUCAGUGUCACAGAACAGGAACAGAAUGGUUCUGGUGAAAAACAGACCGUGGAAUCCAGUAACCACAGCAACUAUUGCACUCAGGCAAGUUCCUGCGCAGAGAUCUGUAGUUCCAUGCCUAACUCUUUUACCGAAGCCACAGAAAUAAUGUGUAAAAAGAGUGAUCUGAAAAUGACUUUAAACUUUCAAGGUAAUUUGGUAAACUCUGAGGACCAUAGAAAAACUGUCACUGAUGUGAACCAUCCUGAGAGACACUCUGAGGAAAGCGGGUUUCCCUUGUUGGUGCACGUUGAAGAACCAGAACAAAACCCAGUAAACGCCAGUGCACUACGUGAAAAGAUUUACAGUAAAGACUCUAAGUCUGUAGUCAGCGCCCAGAGAAAUCUGGGUGACUCUCUGCCAACUAAAGCAGCAUGCAAUGAAUUUCUGUCUGGAAGAAAAUCCCCUCAGAGUUUGAUACCAGCAGAUCCAGUAAGUUCUGAACAUAAGGAGAUAUCAAAACCCAAGGAAAGUCCUGCAAAAUUACCACCAUGUCCAGAGUUUGUUUGCAGACCUGCUUCAGAAAAGCAUGUACAGGACUUAGGUGACAACGUUGCCCAUUUAGAUGAACCAAUCAUUGCCUGUGAAAUAUGUGAACUUUCUUGUAACAGUGAACUGGUUGAAUACAAACUAGAACAUGAAUGUGUUUUAAAUCAACAAGUGCCCCUUAAUUCUCAAGAGCAUGUAAUAUUACCAACUGACUCUCUGAUAAAUCUAAACAAAGAGAUGCCUUCAGCAACAUGCAGAGAUGCUCAACAGAGCUGUCAUUCUCUCAAGAACGGAGCAAAUCUUACCACCAAUACUCAAACCAUUCCUGCUGAGACAAAAUUGGAAGUCACAUCUGCACAAGGUGACAGAACCUGUGGGGCCUCUUCAGGCAUCCACACCUUAAAUCUCACAACAAGCCCAGACGGGCAAAAAGAAAUGACUGAUUCAGGUAUCAAAGAUCUACAUUCCACUUUCCUCUCAAGUGUGAAAGAAACAGCUGGCUUUUCCUUUGUCACAGAAUGUCAGAAUGUUCAGUCUCAGGAUAUUUCCAGCUGUCAGUGCAUAACAAGAAAUGCAUCUGAAGAGAACAUGUGCUCUGCUUGUGCUGCUCUUGGACCCAGAAAAGAUACCCUGAAAGCCAGCAACUGUAAAGUAAACUGUGGAAGUGCACGGCAGCCUAGCAGGCACUGCUUCCAAAGAUCAGAAGACUUGGUGGAAAAUAGCUCCUUCUUGGAGAGUGAACCUGCUGGGCGGAAGACUCAGAGCAGCCUUCUAGGAGGCAAGGUUACAAGUGAAAUGGCAACAGGUGUGGCAGGUAGUAGAGUUUUGUUGAACACAACCACUCCCGCUACUGGCCAUGUGGAACCCAGUGAGGAAGGCCUGGGUGGAAGGAAGCAGAGUAGACACAGAUGCACUGCAGUUUACAGCCACAGCGCCUCUCCUUGUGAUAUACAGGAGCUGAGCCAAUCUACAAACAUUCCAAGUCCUGACACACUAGCGGACCAGUCUCUGAAUGUUAUUUCAUCUCAUUUGAAAGCCAUGUACCAAGCAGCUCAAAGUCAUGACCAGAAAGUAGGUGAAGUCUCUGACUGUCAGAGAAACCAAAAUAGUCCAGACAAAUGCAGAAGUGAAGGUAAGACAGCUCAGGAAGGACUAAGUGGUGACCCCCGAGGAACUGUCCCUGAGGUCAGCCACAAGGAAAAGGAUUUGCUAGUCAGUUCAGGCAGUGAAAACCCUGUGCUUUGUGGUAGUUUAGAGAAAAGCAAUUCCAAAGGAGCCUUUGAAAAUAUUCCUGGCUCGGAAGCACUGGUAUACAGUGUGCUAGAUGUGGUAUGUCCCGACUGCACAGGUGAGCCUGCAGAGGCUGUGCUGGGCGCAUCUAGUCCAGCUGGUCAUUCUACAAGCCGAGAUAGACUGGCAUACCAUGAGUCCUUAAGGAGUACCGCACCUCUUCGAGGAGAACUGAAUGUUAUGUUUAUAGGAACAACUGACCAGGACUCGGGACUCUCCAGUGCUGCUGCUUCUACGGUAGACUGUCCUGAAAUACUGAAAUCACGUGAAGAAACAAUAUGCAGGUUUCUAAAAGACUAUGGAAUGGAAGAGUGUCCAGACUCUGCCACUAAUCAUGAAGUAGAAUGUGUUACCAAUCAAGAGCCAAAUGUAAGAGCACUGGAUAAAGGAGGUGUGUCUUUAAAUUAUAUUCAUUGUGAGAAUCAAGGGGAAGGAAAAUCUGUGACGGAAGGACUGAGAAUAGAAGCAAAUUCUGAGUUUGGUGAGAAGAAAACCUUUGGAUUAUCCUCAAAAGACUCCAGAUCUUCUAGGUGCCGAGGUUCUGUUGAGAUGGCACAGUCCCAUCUUUCUUCUCAGGAACAGUCACCAGCUGGUGUUCUUGGUGAAAAGCCUAAAUUGAAGCAUCUCUUUAAGCCCAAAGAUGGUGAACUCCUUCAUGAAAAUAUCAAGAAUUGCGCAGUCCAGUCUGACGUGAAGGAAGGAAUACCAACGAAUAUAGGUAACGCUGGUGAAGGAGGUGGUACAUAUGUCAGUGUAGACACCAGUGUUUGCAAAGCUUGUCAUUCGCAUGAGAAUUCCAUAUAUAAGUGUUUGCCUUUGAUAAUGAUAACAGCAAUUAAACAGAAUAAAGAAGAAACUGAAGAACAUCAGAAGGGGCCACUGGGUCACUUACCUGUUGGGGAGGGGUCCGAGGAGACCAUUACCGGAGACAGUCAUGUUAAUUUUCCUAAGAGUUAUCAGACCCAUUUGAAAUGCCAGAGUGUGCAAGAUGUUGUUAAAAGCCCACAAAGCCAGAGAGGUGAGCGUGCCGUGCCAAAGGACGAAAAUCCAUAUCGAAAGGGUACUCGUGCACUGCUGGAGCAGCACGCGUCAGUGAACAUGCUGUCAGAUGAGAUGCAAAGUAAGAAACCUGUGAUUGGCCAGUGUGAGUCCCUCAUAAUGGAAGAAGUCGCCCUAAGAAAGCCAACCAAGAAAAAAUCGGCUAGACAGCUUCAGAGGUUGGAAGACCCAGAAGAAGAAAGCUUAUAUCACCUGUUAAAGAAAGACACCUUAUGCACAGGUCCUCGGCUUCCUAGUACCUCUUGGAAAAAACAGGAUCCUAGUGCUGCUGGAGGUGGUCAGAUACAUGGUGCCUUUGUGACUCUGUCACAGCAGCAGAGAUUGCUUCCCGUAAAGAAGCAACCUCAUCGAACAUGUAAGCGAACUUCCUGCCCAGAGCUAGUCACUGUGCAGAGAAAAAUAACUAAAGUAAGAAAUUCUGAUUGUGGAAAGAGUUCCUCUGAUCCCAUCCCCACAAAAACACACAGACUUCUCAGCCCGUGUGCCGUGCCUGCCGCGCCAUUGGAACCUGAAGCAGUACCUAGCACGAGCUUGUGUAGCCGCAUACCAAAGCCAAAGGCUACUCUGUGCCAUUCCUUGAGUCCGAGUUGUAGGAAGCCUACCAAAGAAUCAGCCUUACUAAACAAGCUGUCUGUCCUUGCCUCCAAACUGGUUCUGGCUACAAAGCCCCAGAAACUCAGAUAUCAGCGGUAUUCCUCUUCCCUUGUUCCUUUGGCUAAAAGCUGCAAGCGUCUCAGAUAUAAAAAGCUCCUAGAUGGAUUUUCCUAUAAUGCAAUGCAGCUGGACCCAUGUUUGGCAGCUACUGGAUGGGAUAGGAGGUCUAACAGUAAGCCCUUGGCACUUUAUUCUCUUGAAGCUGUCAAAAUGAGCUUCAUAGAUCUGAGCAACAAGAUGCCAUCACUGCUGUUUGGUACCAAAAUCUUCCCAUUUUCCUUCCAUGUGAAAUCAGCAUCCAAUUGCAUGGUUGAGCCCUCCAGGACUUUUCCUGAGCACUGUGCUCCAUCGAGGCUUGCCUUAGCAGAGACCUCCCAGUGCUCAUCUCCACCUCCCAAGUGGACCUUUUCUUUCUUCAUGUCCCACGGUUGCCCUGGGAUGGCUACAUUCAGGGAAGAUACUGGCCUCUGUAGUCAGACACACACUCAGGCUCCUCCACAGACUGCAGCUCCUCUCCAAGACUAUGGAGGCACUGCCGUAGUCCGGACUGGAGCAGACUGCUCUGUCCUUGGCCUUCACACACUUCUAGCACUUUGUUCACCAGGAUGUUACCGAAUCUGGACAAAAAGACGGAGCUUCACCAAUCACAUGCCUACCAUGCAGAGGCUCUUCUUGACCCAGUUUACACAGGGCUUAAAAGGGUUAAGGUCUCCAGCCUCUCUAGCAGACAAGGUCUUCUGCUCUCUACCCUACUCAUUGGGCCGAGUGUUGUCCAUUUGGAGCCAGCAUGGACCUUCCUUUACCUUCCAAUUGCCUGCUCUUCAUUCCACUCAGAGCAAGCAGCAGGGGAGCCUGAGCAUCUUGAGCAGCCACAACACCAUACCAAAUGUGCCUCUCCCGGGCAUGGGAGCUGUCCACAGCACCAACAGCAGUCACCUGAGGCUGGAGCCUGUGUUCCCUGCCUUGGUGCCAAAGGCUUGCCUGGUGACAGAACCAGCUGUCAGCAAGCUCCUGCUCUCAGCCUCUGAGUUCCAGGUCCCUGGGUUUGAUGAGCUGGGUGAUGUGUCAGCGGCAUGCCCCAGACCACAGAGCAGCCCUGCAGAAGAGAAAGAGGCUGAGCCAGAGAAGAGACCAAAGAAAGUCUCACAGAUUCGCAUCCGGAAAACCAUUCCUAAACCAGAUCCCAACCUUACCCCAAUGGGCCUGCCUCGGCCCAAAAGGUUAAAGAAGAAAGAGUUCAGUUUAGAAGAAAUAUAUACAAACAAGAAUUACAAGUCUCCUCCUGCGAACAGGUGUUUAGAGACCAUCUUCGAGGAACCCAAAGAACGAAAUGGCACACUGGUCUCCGUCAGCCAGCAGAAAAGGAAGCGUGUUCUGGAAUUCCAGGAUUUUACCCUGCCCCGAAAGAGACGCGCUCGAGGGAAAGUGAAGCUGAUGGGCAGCUUCACGAGGGCCCAGAAGGCGGCUCUACAGACUCGAGAGCUGGAUGCGCUUUUGAUCCAGAAGCUGCUGGAACUGGAGACUUUCUUUGCCAAGGAGGAGGAGCUGGAGCAGUCAGCGAGCUGCUGAGAAUGCUGCAGCCGGGUCUCCAUGCUGGAUCUUUUUAGAUCUCCCUGGAAUAGGUUCCCUGAUUUUGCCCUAUGCCUAAACCACUCAACGAUGCCCAGUCCAUGAAGUUUUACUUAUUUCAAGGUGCAGCCUUUUUAGAAGCUGGUGAAGAAGGGUCCUCUAAUUCUACUGCUGAGUAUAGAGCCUCAGGAAUGCUCCCUUUCUCCUGGGAAUGGUCCUGAAUGAUAUCAGGCCACCUCCUUCCUGUCUCUCCCAUCACAGGUGGAAGAAACCACACAUCCUAAGCAACACUAGGGAUCUAAGGACUCGGUGUUUGUGCAUCCACAUGAAGUUCCUCUGUUUAUGGUGCUGCUCGACCAAGACAUAGAAACCCGGCCUGGGGGGGCACCUGGCCAAUUGGCCUGUGUGUUCCCACCAGCUCUUUUCAGUGAUUGAGAAGAAUGAACUGGUGUGUUUCCUGAUCUCUGCCCAGGACCUUUAGACUGAGAGAAUGUGUGUUUGUGUGUUUGUGGCUUUGCCCCAUCUUUUCUCCCAUCUGUGAGUGUGGGUCACUAGUGCCAGAGGAGCCCAUCCAGGCCCCAACGUAAGUUGCACUUUUUUAAUGUUAGUGUUGAUAAUUUUCAUUUUUUUCUUUUUUGUUUUUGUAUGCUGCAUGUUUGGGGUCUCUAAAUGUGAUUUUAAAACACUUUGUAAGACAUUAAGGAGAAAGGCGAUACAAGUCUUAAGAGAGUAUAUGACAGGCAUUUGAUCAGCACAUGGAUGGGGAGUGUCCCCAUUUAUGUUUCAGGCAGCCCCUCCUCGUCUCCAGCUUCUCAUGUAGCUCAUUGAAGGAAGCUCUUUUCAUCCUCCUCCUCCGUCCUGCCCACUUAGUACACGUAGCUGUUUAGUGGCAUAUGUAAAAGCAGAGCUCUCAAAAAGAUUAAGGUUGAGUGUGGUUUUCUGUGAAAUGUUGGUAUAUGGCAAAGUUGGGACAGUGGUGACAGAGGCUGGCCCGGCGCAUUUGCAGCUGCUUGAGUGCCUGCUUCAGGAGUAGGAGAGAGCUGAUGGAUAGAUGAGACCCAGCGAGCCAUCCCUCCAGCAAGACCCCGACAUCCCAGAGCCAGUUGCCUCUGCGAGAGCCUCACAUAGUCUGGUCCUUUGCCAAACCUACUGGAAAUGGUUCACAUGCUGGAAGUAGCGCAGUUUCUCAGUUUGUAUCCAAGGAGUCUGCAGGCAGUAGGCUGCCUUGUCUGGGCAGCAGCCCCAGAGUCAUCUUCCCACUGUGCCCUCACCAUGCUCUCCAAGGCUCACCUUGUGUUUUCUCAUUCCAGGAUCUCCUACUCUUUCUGUCUACCCCACAGUUCACGUACAGAUAGUUAGCAUUCUUGCCUGAUGAGUAGGCUGCUCCUCCCAGCCAUUGGGUGCCGGUCACCUCUUGCCAUGCUCCUAGCUCUGUCCAGGGACGUUUUUCUGUCUGUAGAGAAGAGUGCGUGGUGCUGUGCUGAAUGUUAGUCACCGCUCCUAGAAUUCCUUCAUUCCCUGGCUGGGGAGAAGGGGUGCAGGCUUGUGGUCUUCACGUGCCUAUCCUUUGUAGGUUGAUGGGCUAGGCCACACUGGAACAGAAAAAUAGACAUGAGCAGAGGGAAAAUGUACCAUGACCUUCACCACCUCAGUCGUUAAAUAAGUUAGCACACAGCUGCUUCUCUGUGGAGUCUUUGAAGGUCAUGACCCCUUGGUUGAGAAGAGUGUGGGCUAGUGUACACGCUGGCCCUCAGUGUUGUGUGCAGAUCCCUGUCUUAGCCAUGUUGCCCAGACCGUACAGAUGUGGUCUGUGUUGACCCUAACGCCUCCCUUCUUGGGGCAGGAUUCUAAGGUACUCUGUGCUUCUGAGCUCUGUCAUGUGACUGCAGGAAGUGGAGUGGGCUACACAUUGUGCCACAAAUACAUCUGUACAUUAGACAGCUUGCAAGCUAGCAGGCAGUAAACGACCGUUGACCAGUUUCACCACCAGGGUCACUAGGGCAUCCAGAUCACCCAGAAGACAAAAGGUGAGGUGUGCACAACUGUGGCACCAGCAGCAUGACAGAGCUUCCAAAUUUGCCUAUGACAAGGGUUGCACUGGCCUGGACUGUUAGCAGGACUGGAGAGACACAGCUCCACCAUAGUCCUGGGCAGUCCUAGGAGGGAAACUGCAGUUCUCGGCCUUCCCUUGGCAAAGGCUCUUCUACUUCAGAGCUAAGAGAAGUUUACUCGUUGAGUAGGUCCCACUCGGCCACACCUGUCUUACCGUCCAGAUUCACAGUAAGCCAAACUUGGAACCUGAGCAUGAUGGGAGAUAACGGGUGGUUGGGAUGUCACCAGCCGGAACUACAGAUCUGUUUUGGGCUGGGAGUUGGAAUUUCUGAGGGUGGGGAGCUCUCACCCCAAGUGAUAGAAACUGCCAUUAAGCACAACUUAGUAGCGCUCAGCUCCAGAAGUUAAGGUUAUGGAGAAAGGAGAGAGACCUCAGCUCCAACCAGGUUUCAGCCCAUUUCCUUUGCUGUGUUUCGGUUUCUAGCUGUAGCAGCCUCCUUCCCUCCCGUUAGUGCCUCUCAUCUUCUCUCCCUACUCUCUGUUCAGUCUUUCCCUCCAUUUGUCUAGAUGUCCCUCAUCACCUGUGAACGCAGAUUGUGUCUGUCUUCCCUGCUGCCCCUGCUGGAAGAGCUGACUGCGAGGGAGGCGCAGUAGAAAGAUGUGUAGCUUUGCCUUACUCGAGCUUUGAUGAGCUCGGAAACUCAUGCUGUGAAUCCUAAACUUUGUGCUCCUCCAAGAGCUGUGAAAAUCAUGACUUUUUUUUUUUUCACAUUUUGCCUGAAAGGGUCUUUUGUGAGGGCUCCAGAGCCAACCUGAGGUCAAUUCUAGAUCCCACUCUGUGGGCAUCCUUCCCCUGGGGCAUAUCCUCUGCCCACCAGGCUAAGAACAGCAGCAAGUCUGCAGGACUGUGGCAGCAGGUCCAGGGCUGCAGUGCAGCCAAGUGGACACAGUCCUUGGUCUCCCAGGAUGGCCAGGGCUCCACCUCCUCUGUCCCAUGAGCAUUAAGAUCUGCACAAGACAACUUAGGUCAUGGUGCUUUCCUCCUGCCCAUGGGGGAAGGGAGUAUGCAGCUGGUGCUUUCUUUAGUCCCCUUGUUUUGUUUCUACAGCUUUCCCCUGGUAUCAUGAAAAGGGCCUUUUUAAUGACCACAUUAUGGGUGGCUGUAUCCAAAGUGUAAAGAAUUGGCCAGAGGUGUGGAAUGACCUCCCCUGGGUUCCUGUCAGGAGAGGGCUGCUUUCCUGAACUGAACUUCUGCAUAGAACUGGCUAGGAAGGGAGACUUUUGUUCAAAUCAUAAUUAAUAUUCCCUUUUAGCACAAGUUGAGCAGCAAAAGCUAUCUUGAUUGUGAAGCUGGGGUCCUCAUAGCCACCAUCCAGCACAGCGAGCUGAGUUCGAGGCUUGUUCUGUCCCUACAAGACUCUGGUGUUGAAUUGGAUUUGAAUUCUCAACAAGAGGCCCCCUUGAGCUGUUGGUUGCUGUCUCAUGUGUUCCUCUGUUAUCAUGGCUAAUAGUUCAGUGAAAUGUGUCCAUCUUUGGUAAUGCUGGUAUACAUGAUGCCCCUACAGUUCCUUUUCUGUUCGAUAGUUUGUGACUCUAAAUGCCCACUGUUACAUGAAUUAAUUUAUGAAAUAAAUUUUUCUUGAAAACUUCUCAGAUAAUUGUCAAGGUUAUUUUGUUCUUAGGACUUGGUAAUAGAUUCAGAUUCUUGUCAGUAAAUGAUCUAAAGGUUAGGUUGUUGUUGUUUUAAUUUGACAUUCCAGAGCCUUGUAUCAAACAUCCAUUCCAGAGUGGCCAUCCUUUCCCCGAACCUGCCCUCUAUUCAGCACAUGUUUGGAACUUUGGGUAGCUUCCAGAGGCUCACAGAGCUUAGGGAAGUGGCCAGUCAUCCCUUCCCCAGAGAGACUGGUACUAGAAACAGUCCUUUGGAGCAGUCAUACCCAGUUAAAGUGAAUCACUGAUGAAGUGUUUGGGUUGUGAAUUUUGUUUAUUUUUGGCAGUAGGAGUGUGUUAUUUGAAACAGGAUCUUACUAUGUAGCCUCACAUACCAUAAGGCCAAAAUAAAUCUGAGUUCCAUUUAGGGUUCUGCUCAUCUCAUAGCCUUGGCUGGCCCCGAACUCACGAUCUUCCUGCGUUAGCCUGUUGGGAUUAUAGAAAACUGCAGUGGGCUAGGUGUGGUGAUUUGUGCCUGUAAUUCCAGUAAGACAAUGACAAGUUCAAGGCUAGCCUGGGCAGUAGAGUGAGGUCCCAUCUCAAAAUAAAACUAGUUAUUAAUGCAUCUCACUUUCUCCCAGGACAGAGGAGCCAGUGUGCUUGUAAAUUCUCUGGUGAAAAUAUUUCCUUUGUCGGGACUGUCUGAAGCAAGAGUGGAAAUGCAGUAGGCUCCAUUCGUUUAGUUUUGAGACAGCCUCAUCUUCUACCCUGGCCUCCUAGUUGAAUGACCUGACCAGUUCAUAACCGUGCAGUGAAAGCAUUAGCUUCCUGGGGUGCUUUUCUCUCACCAAGCAAAAGCAGUGCCUCAUUUGCCUCUUGAACUCUGAGCUUGAGCAGCAAGGAACUCCAUCCAUACUGUGCUUUCAGCUAGGGAAGUGUCCUAUCUGAUGGCUGUGCUGCUGCAUGUCCAAGAGCUCUUACCUACACACAGCUAAUCUUCAAGUAAGGCAUUGUUCAUUGUUACUAACCAUACCGCAUCGUGGUUCCUGAGUUAGCGCGCCAAUCCUGAUGUAAGACUUCUCCAGAUGAGUUUAGAUGAAGGGGAGAAAACACACUUGUACAGUCCUUCUGGAACUUCUCUCAAGAAAUGUUCUGGAAAAGUCCUAGUUUUCCGAGCUCCAGGACUGGAGGUGAAUUUUUCAUAGCGUCUUUCUUAAGUCUCUGUGCCCCUUUGUCCUCAGCAGCCGCUGCUGCUUUCCUCACCCCUCGCAAAGUGGUGGAAACCGUGUGAACGGGCUUCCGCCUGGGCCUGGUGUUUGGUAGCGGCUUGGACAUGCUCCCAACUCAGCAGUGUGCUUGCUGCUCCUGUGCAAGGGCCGCACCUCCCUCACAUCCUGCACGCUUGCCUCCAUCCGUCAUUCAGAUCUUGAAACUCUCAGAUCCUUGGUCUUGAACGUGGUUCCCUCCCAUUUCAUGGCCCCUACCCUAUCACCCCCCGUAUGUAUUAACAACUGUAAUACAAGCUCUCAGCAUCCCCAUCUGUAUUAACAGCUGUAAUACAAGCUCUCAGCACCCCCCCCAUCUGUAUUAACAGCUGUAAUACAAGCUCUCAGCACCCCCCGGUCUGUAUUAACAGCUGUAAUACAAGCUCUCAGCACCCCCCGUCUGUAUUAACAGCUGUAAUACAAGCUCUUCCGUGUCAGGACCUCUUAUUUUGUUGGCUCUAGUCCCUCCUGGCCUCUUUGGUAUCUAGAACAAUGUUUGAUAUUUACAGCUGUUUGCUGCCUAAACAUCAUUUUGGUCAAUAAUAAACUGCAUAUUACCAUAAGAUAGUAAUGGAGUUGAAGAAUUCCUGUGGCCCAUCAAGGUCACAGCUGUCAUGAUGUAAUGCGGAGUACGACUCAGGUCUUGGUGCAAACAAGCCAGUGUGUGGCAGUCAUGUAAAAAUGUAGUACAACUGUGUAUAGUGCAUACUUAAUAGUGCUAAUAAAUGGCUUACUGAUCUAUGUAAGUUUUUA